CGUGAAGAGAAAUAAGACACAUCUAAGUGCUUCGUGCUUUAUAUCAUCAUAACACAUAAACAGAAACAGUCGCCGUCUUGUUCUAGCCUGAGAAGGGAACGUUACUAUUCAAGAGGCUCGAUUGCUAGUUUACUGGUUACUGUAAUAGGCACAAAUCCAGCUAGCUAGCAAGGUAGCUAGCUUUGAGGAACCAGAUAAAUCUAUUAACCUAGGUUAGUUAAUUAGUAAAUUCAGAGCUGUUCCUGACACAUCAUGAAUCCUGAAUAUGACUACUUGUUCAAGCUUCUUUUGAUCGGAGACUCGGGUGUUGGGAAAUCCUGCCUGCUCCUACGAUUUGCGGAUGACACGUACACAGAAAGCUACAUAAGCACCAUCGGAGUGGACUUCAAGAUCCGGACCAUUGAGCUGGAUGGCAAAACCAUUAAACUGCAGAUAUGGGACACUGCUGGUCAAGAGCGGUUUCGUACCAUCACCUCCAGUUACUACAGAGGAGCUCAUGGGAUCAUAGUGGUUUAUGAUGUCACUGAUCAGGAGUCUUACACCAAUGUGAAGCAGUGGCUUCAGGAGAUUGACCGCUACGCGAGCGAAAACGUUAACAAGCUGCUUGUAGGAAAUAAGUCUGACCUUACGACCAAAAAAGUGGUGGACUACACAACAGCUAAGGAGUUUGCCGACUCCCUUGCCAUCCCGUUCCUUGAGACGAGCGCCAAGAACGCGACCAACGUGGAGCAAGCCUUCAUGACCAUGGCGGCCGAGAUAAAGAAGCGCAUGGGUCCCGGGGCCACUCCUGGGGGAGACAAGCCCAACCUAAAGAUCGAGAGCACCCCAGUGCGGCAGUCGGGAGGAGGCUGUUGCUAGGACAGUCAGACGUGCCCUUCUCUCCAAAGAGCGAUAGAGCAGGGUCAGGAGAAGAAUGUAGGUCUCAC